AGUGAUACAAUCUGCAGCAACCAGAAAGAGGACCGCCUCCAUGCCGACCCCCCCUUUAAUCCCUCCACUUUUUUCCCGGUAUCGGCUCAGGCUCAGGGAUUUGUAAAGAGGAAAAAUUCAAACCUCCCAGCACUACUCUUCCCCAACUAUGGAUCUUCCCGAGUUUUUCACUCUGAACAACGGCGAGAGGGUCCCCGUCAUUGGCCUCGGAACCUUCCAGGGGGACAAUGGCAACUCCAUGGUGAAGGCUGCCGUGAAGUUGGCUCUGAAGAUGGGAUAUCGGCACAUCGACGGCGCCAACGCUUACGGAAACGAAAAGGAAAUCGGCGCGGCCAUCAAAGAGAGCGGCAUUCCCAGGGAUGAGAUAUACGUGACCUCUAAGCUUGCUCAGACUUGGCACGACCCUACCGAAGUUGAGAGGGCUCUGGAUUUGUCUCUGAGAGAUAUGCAAUUAGACUAUGUUGACUUGUAUUUGAUGCACUUUCCGCACGCCUAUAAGGCUGGUGAGGACAACAAGACUAUUAGACACCCAAGUGGCAAUGGGAAGCCUGUGAUAGACUAUGGCCUCUCCAGGAGAUAUCCGGACACUUGGAAAGCAAUGGAGCGAUUGGUUGACUUGGGCAAAGCUCGUUCGAUCGGUCUUUCGAACUUCAACAUCCUGAAGACGAAGAGGAUCCUCGAGGUCGCCAGAAUUAUCCCAGCUGUGAAUCAGGUGGAGAUUCACCCGUAUCUUCCACAACAAGAGCUUUUCGAAUUCUCGUCUGAGCACAAUAUUCUCCUCAUGGCCCAUCAGCCGUUAGGUGGGCGGCCCGUCCAGCUGGUUCGAGGACACCCUGAACAACCGUUCCCAACCGAUGAUCCAAAGAUCAAGGACAUCGCAGCCAGGUGUGGCAUGACCCCGGCGCAGGUCUGCCUCUCCUGGGCCGUGCAGAGAGGAAUUCCGGCCGUACCCAAAUCCGUCCAGGAGGGCCAUAUGAAGCAAAAUCUCCAGCUUAAGCGGCUACCAGAAGAAUGUUUUGCGGUGGUAGAUCGACUGUCGUUUGAGCGUGGCCCUAUCCGAUUCUUGGACCCGAGCCGACACUUGGGAUUUGAUAUCUUCGACGAAGAAAACGACCAGCCGGUGGCCAACAGCGCGCCUUGGGACCAAUACUAGGGUCGUAGGGAAGGUGGAUCUUGAAGUACUUGUCAUGGGAAAUUAAAUUGGCAUUUAAAUGUAAAUGCCAUUUGUUGCAGAAGCACAGUCCGAGAGAACAGCUUCGAAGAACCUAUGGCACUUGAUCUUGUCUCGUAAUUAGUGCAGGUAAAGCCCUUGCCACCGCAUUCUGUUAGCCAGUAUAUCUUUCAAUACUGGCAGGCAUUCGUCGUGGCGAUAAAAAGGGCCUAGACGUGGAUCUCGGCCCUUGCAAUCUCGCCACAGAACAGCAGAAAGGCGAUCAUGAAGCUAGCGAUGGCGAAGGCGCCCUGGACGUUGGCCUUAGUCUGCAGAUCCGACUCUAAAUCAACUACUCGUCAG